GAAAGAAACUCAGUCAUCCCAGCAGUUUUCUGUGCAUCAUGUCGAUCUUGAAAAAGUUGUUGCUUCUUUUAUCCGUGGUACCGAUGGCGCUGAGCUACCCUUUCUUCCCACCAACCUGCUACUCCAAGGCUCUCAGCAUGGCACAGGAGCUCACCCAGAUGGCAGCUGAUUUGAAGAUCGGCUAUGAAACCGGUCACUGUAUGGCGCAUAUGCCAGAACUCUACCUUGAUAUACAUAAUGCCUGUGUGAUGUAUAAAAUGAGGGACUACAUCUCCCUGGUGGAAGACCUGAGACGGCGGCGCUGCGGUUACACCAGAGAAGUGAGGAAGCUGGAAGUCACUCUGCGGCAGCUCUUCAUCGUCAUGGGAGAGAAAUGCCAUGGGGACCUGGUGUUUACCGUCUAUGACUGUGCUGCGCUGGAGCGUCCAAACUAUCGAUACUGAAAGUCCACCAUUCUUGUCUGUCCAAAGUCCAAAGAGCUUAAARAAGUGGAAAAGUCAAAGUUUUUAUGUAUUUCUUUUUACAUUGUGUUACAUUACACAAMACAUGAUUU